ACCACCCAUCAUUUCUGCAAGACCUUCCAUGCCUUCCAUGAUAGUGAACAAUCAAGUGAAGGAUAUGAUUGUCUACUACAGCUGACGCGUCUCGCGAUUCUGUUUGGCUCUGUUGUGCAACAGCCUCAAAUUAUAACAAGUGUCAAUAUUUACUACGCCUGUGAGGUCGGUUCAAGGCGUCUGUGGACCGACAGGUUGGCGACGAGCAAGUGCUGACGUUCCCACGGCCUCAUGCCCACCAGUGAAUUGUCGCAGGCUCUGAAUCCUUUUUUUGCGCAACCGAGGCCCAGAUCCUCUAAUACACAAAUCCAUUUCCAGCCCGUUCAGCCCACUCAAGCCCAUGAGCCACACCACAGCGAGCUUGAGCUUGCCGUUUCGGAGCCCCCGAGGCCCUUUGCGGCACCUACGACGCCGCCUCAAAAUUCUACCGGCCGGCCUGCCAACGCAUCGUCCAGCAGCGCUCAUCCUUUCCAGAUUGUUAUGAACUAUUUGAAUUCAGCGCGCGAGUCUCAGGAGAUAGAGCAGAAACGGAGACUUGCAUGGGAGCAAGAGCAAGAAGCCAAGUAUACCCUACGACAAGCCGAAAUGGAGCGUCGGAUGCUCGAGAUGCAACAAGAGGUCGGUGCACUCAAAGCAAAACUUGCCUUUGGGACACCAAAGGCUUCGACCUCAGCACAAUCACCUCCAGUGAUGGAACAACAGCCCUACACCAAAUACCUCGCCUGCGAUGACCCACUUGACUACAAUCCCAUGGAACCAUGCCUCUCCAGAUUUGGCGCAACCCACGCCACCUUCUAUUUUACGGCACAUGUCACAGGUAGUCCCUCUAUUGGCGACGCCGCAAGCUCAGCGCACGCUUCGCCUCCCUUCCUUUCUAAGCCAGCACGGUUUAUCACUGUUGAUCCAUCAUCAUCCCGGCCAGGCAGUUCAUCUAAUCCGCGCAAGAGACCGACGCUUGAUGCAACGAGUGAUGAAGGUGAUAGUGAUGGCUCUGAGUAUUCACUUGUAGAACGGCCCAUCAAACGAAAGAAUCAUCAUGAUACUCGCUGUCUUACUAUCCAGCAUGCUAUGCGUAGUCAUCUUUUGCGCGUCAUGCACCUCGAGGAUGACAAACACCUCCCUGAUGGUCAGACCGAAGGUAUUGGACUGGGUUCCAAUGACCCUAUUCGUUUCGUCUGGGACAAGACACCCAAACAGUCUGUCCACAAUGGAAGGAUGAAGGAGCGUGUGCUACAGGAUCUUAGAGCCCAUCGUCAUCUGUACAAGCAUGUUCCCGACAAAGACUUCAACAAAAAAUCUCUGGAAUCCGUCUUCGAUCAGGCUUUUGUCACCUUCAGACAGAAGUUCAGAGCUCAGCGGGACACCUCCGUCGCUAGCAACCAGAAACAGCGAGAAGAUGUCAAGGCAAUGCGAUCGAGAAGAUUAAGCCGUAAGAAGACGAAACUGAGCAAUCGUUCAGACGCUCGAAAUAAACUUGAAGCCUUUGAGCACAUCAUGUUUGAUGGCGCGCUACAAGUGGAAUGCAUGUCCUCCGAGGAAUCCGAAAUCGAAGAGGAUCCGGUUGAUGGCUCUCGUACGACUUUAUUGCGCGUUCGGGGUUUCCCUUGGCGUAGCGCCCGAUUACAGCGUUUUUUCGACGUACUAGACGAUUUGGACAAAGCAGAUAGCUCUCUAAAGCCCCGGCGAGGUGUCGGACGGAGAGAACGAUCCCACGGUUCACCGAAGGAAGGCCUCAUUAUCCCUCCCAAAGGCAUCGCCACUUGGAUGAUCAGCAAACGCUGGAUAAGCGUGAUGCAGGCGUCCCACUUGGAGGCGUUGAGUAGUCUAAAGGAUAUUGUCGUGGAUCCUGUUGGCUUUGAUUGGAGCCAGUUUCAUGUUCUUGGCGAGGAGAGCGAAGACGAGGGGAGACUCGAGAUGGCACGACACCAUGACAUGAUGAUUGCGCAUAACGGUUUACAUUUUACUCAUCCAGAUAAUAGCGCGACUAUCAGUGCUAUUUCUUCUCUGCAUAAUGCUCUAGUACAUACUCAAUAGGCUUGACUUGCGAGCCAUAUUGCCUACUCAGAUCGACGUUUCGAAUGAAGGUGAUUCUAGUCUUGUUCUAUGUAACUUACAAAAUUCGAAAGAGUCUCGGUCUUUUAAUCGCACAAGCUCUAGCCUCCGAUCGAAAACGUUCUAGCCUUUCAACAUCGAUGGACAAUCGAGUCCAUACAGUUGAUAUGUAUAGGGGCUGAUCACCCUUCCGGGGAACGCCCUGAGUUUCUCA